AUGGUCUACGAUGUGCUGGAGCUUCUGAUGAACUACUUGCAGUAUCUCUACCUCAUCGUGACGAUCGCCCCAAGUGUGUUUCCCACACUCUACAGCUCCCCUUUCUGGGUUGUAGAUAUUGUGAUGCGUACGGUAUUCUCCAACGGCAGCGACAGCAACGCGAACGACCACAGUCGGGAGACCCUGGGGGUGAAGAGUCCCGCUGGGCGUGAGGGUGGAGCUCACAGCAUGCGUUUGCCACCCUGGGUACCCACUGAUUUGCGCCUCAUGUUUGCCUUCACAAACAUUGUGGCCCCUCUUGUACUUGUGUUUUUCUCCACAUUACUGCUGGGGCCACUCCACUGCACGGCGUUUGCCUAUCUUCUUUGCGCAUCGGUUUUUUGGAUGGUAGCAGGCGCCAUGCUGCUAAUUUUUCUACUGAGGCAACCGCUGGCCACAGAUGAAGUGUGGCAAAGGAGGCUGACGCUGGCAGCCCUUAUGCGCAGCGUAUCCACGCAGGGGGCGACUAUCAUCACAGCGGUGAGCGCGGCUCUUCUGGCCGUGCUGCUCAUCCUUGGCGUCGUCCUCCGUCUGGUGUUGGGGGCACGUGAGCAGGCACGCGUGCUGGAGCGGCUACACCAGCUUGAGUGUGCCCCAGACACGACAGAGGAGCGUGUUGCCCGGCGGUUGCUCUACUCGGAUGACACUGGCCCGGGUAACGGGGAGGAAAUGGAAAAAGAAGCUCGGGUUCAGCGUGCCAAGGCGGAGAUGGCCUACCAACAACUGGUUUGGAGACGGUACAAAGGGACGCACGCCUUCUCCUUGUCGUGGACGUUGAUAAAACUAGUCGUUUCUCUCAUUGGUUUUGCCGCUGCAUUUAUGUUUGCAUUCGCUCCCAAGAUCGAGGUGUUGGUCAUGAUUCAUGCCGGACAGGUGUGUUAUCCACUUGCCGCGGCCUCGUUCUUUUUGUCGCUUUUGUUUGCAGUCGCACUCGUGUUGGGGCUAACGCGAAAGAGCAGGUUACAGCUCUUCAAGCUCAAACUCUGGCUACGCCGCAUGCUGCUCUGCAUGGUGCUUCUUGCGGUGUCGUUUAUGUACUCCCCGAUCCUGCGAAAUGCCAUCGACUUGUUUCCCUGCCAGACGGUGGUGUGUGCGGGGGCCGACGGCGGCAGUCACGGGGGCGACAUUGACUCGUUCAGUGGGUCGGGUGCUGCCUACGUGCAAGGCACACGACUGAGCACCAUCUCUCGCCUCUCUGCGGACGCCAGUGUACCGUGCAACGGCGUCGAUAGCUUCCUGACCGCCUCUGCCAUUCUUGCGUCCUCUGCCUAUGCCAUUUUUUUUCUCCUCCUGCACGGCUUCGUCACCCGGCAGGCGCUACGUGCACUUCGACGGUACCCGUUACCUGAGUCGGUAGCAAAUUCCUCGUCUCUGUAUUCAUGGAAGGAGGAACAACGACCAGACAUCGGAGCGACCUUUGCUGGCGAGGAUGCCGCUGUCGCCUUCUCUUCUACCAUGCCGUCGGCCUCGCUCUUCGCCACCGAUGCGGGAACAGGAACAGCAGGAGCCACAGCCUCACAACCGACGAAGACACCGAAAAAAGUGGAUGUGGUAUAUCGUGCACGUGUAGCCUCCUCAGAGAAUGAGGCACAUUUUUUAUACGCCCCGUAUACCUAUGCAUUCCGCUACUUCAAGCUUGUUGUGCUGGCGCAAAAGACAGCCACAGUCGUCAUCUCAACAUUAAUGCGAGAAGGGAGUGGUGUGGGAAGCCCGUGGAUGGGGUUUGCCGCCUGUGUGUUGAUCCAUGCCGGCUUGGGUGUUAUGUUGGUUGCCUGUCGCCCCUACGCCCAACCGCUAGAGUUUGUGGUAAGCCUUGCGCUCCAGCUCAUGCUCUCGGUGGUCGCCGCGAUGGGUCUAACCUCCGCACUGGCGUCCACCGCCGCACCUGUGCUACUGUGGGGUUUCGUGACCUCCUGCCUCUUCCUAGUGCCAUGUGCCGCAGUUGUAGGGGGUAGCAUUCUGACGCUGCGCCGGCGUCCCAAGCGCACAUUGUGGCGCACACGUGAUGCCAAUCGACGUUCGCGGCCUGUGGAAUGCCGCUUCUUCAUAGGAUGGGGACAACGGCUGGUGGGGUACGUUAGAAGGAAAGAAACUGAGCGCUGGUAUGAGCAAUGCGGGCGCAGUUGCCUGACAAACGAGAUCUUUAUCCCCGCCCUGUAUUUUGUGCGAGAGAAGCGUAUGCCGGUUGGUGGUGAGCCACCCUUCGUGCAGGAGUUGGCUCAUGCCCACACACCUACUGCUGAUGCUGAUGCUAAGCAUGCUCCAUGGCACUGGAAUCCGCUGGGUAUGCUUCCAAGGGCACCCACGAACAAAUGCAGCCAAUUUGUACUGAAACCUCAGCGGUACGCUGCAGGCGGUGGAAGGAUGAAUGCAAGGCGGCACUGGGCAAUACUUCGCACUGCCGUCUUUGCAGGCUGUUUUUGUGGCUUUGCUAAGCACCACCAGCGAAAUACCGCGAAGCCCUCCGUUGCCUCUUGGCGGGCGGUGGCAACCCCGUCAAGGACAACGUCGUUUUUACCCGUUCGGUUGACAGAAGAGCAGUUGUCGCACAGUUUUGCCAUGACAACACUCCUCGCCUCUGUGGCAAAUGAAAGCCGAUGGGAGACGUCCCCGUACUUCAGCAUAGAAAGAAAAUUGUGGCCCUGGCAGCAGCAGCAGCAGGCCUGCAGGGUGUUGGAUGAACCAUUUUCAUCCCCGAACACUUCCUCAUCGCCACAAGAAGCACGCUGGCGGGAGGCCUUCCUGGAGCGGGUUCGUUUUUUUUUGGCUCGUCAGCGCCUGCUCACGAUGCAUUGCCAGCAAAAGCGGCAUCUCGUACUGCUGCAGCUUGCCGUGGAUUGUUUGAUCAAUGCACAGGUGGCACAGACAAUGCGGUAUCUUUUGCUCUUUUUGGGUGUCACAGCGGCCGUAGCUGCGGCCCUCUGCGUCUGCGGGAUGCUUCGCGUGGAGGGAAAUCGCAUACCAUCAUCGCUGAAAUGCACUGCGAUGAAAUAA